UAAAGUCACCUUCCGCCCGUGUUUCAACGAAGGAGAGAAUUGCCAUGGAUUUCUGUGACAGAAACACGUUUGACUCAACCUUCAUGCAAAGAUUUGGGAGCUAUUUAACCUUGUUUUGAAUGUCUGGCUGUCAUUUGUCACACACGACAGUACCUGAAGUAACUGCUACUUAGCUUAGCCUAGCCUAGCUUAGCCUAGCUUAGCUUAGUUUAGCGGAGCUGGUGGAGGAGAAACUUGACAAGAUGCCCUUAAUGUCACCAGUGUGAUCGACUCAACGUGUUUCUUCUUGUUUCCUCAUCAUGUCAGCGUGGUUGAGAGUUUGUCAGCGAUGCCAUCUGAAUUUCUUUUCGGCACCGAAGCGCUUUCACUGUCCGCAAAGGGUGACCGUUGAGCUGGACGCCGGUAGAAGAUGCUGCUCCACGGUUCAGGGGGAGGAGGUGAGGGUCCGGUUUGCACCCAGUCCCACAGGUUUCCUACACCUCGGUGGCCUGCGUACUGCUCUCUACAAUUACAUCUUUGCAAAGAAGUAUGGAGGCUCGUUCAUCCUGCGACUAGAGGACACUGAUCAGAGCAGACUGGUACCAGGAGCUGCACAGUCUAUAGAGGACAUGCUGACAUGGGCAGGUAUUCCUCCUGACGAGAGUCCUCAGCGUGGGGGGCCUGUGGGUCCAUACCUUCAGUCCCACAGACUAGAUCUGUACACUUCAACAGCACAGCAGCUCAUUGAGAGUGGUCACGCCUAUUACUGUUUCUGCAGCCAACGGAGACUUGAACUGCUGAAAAAAGAGGCUUUAAGAGCCGGACAGACUCCGAGGUAUGACAAUAGGUGUCGUCAUCUUCAGGCAGACCAGGUCCAGGAGAGGCUGGCUCAGGGGUUGACUCAUGUGAUCAGGUUUCGUCUAGAAGAGGGGGUCGAGCCUUUUCAGGAUAUGAUCUUUGGAUGGAAUCGUCAUGAGGUGGCCCAGGUGGAGGGGGAUCCUGUUAUAAUAAAAGCAGAUGGUUUUCCAACCUACCACCUCGCUAAUAUAGUCGAUGAUCAUUACAUGAAGAUCAGCCACGUCCUGCGAGGCUCUGAAUGGCUCAUCUCCACCUCCAAACACCUCCUCAUGUACCGUGCUCUUGGGUGGCAGCCACCAACCUUCGGACACCUGCCGCUUCUCAUGAACAAAGAUGGCAGCAAACUGUCCAAGAGGCAGGGGGACAUAUUCAUAGAAAGGUUCCAGAGGGACGGGGUCCUGGCUGAGGCUCUGCUGGACAUCAUCACCAACUGUGGAUCUGGAUUCAACACCAAUCGGGUGGGCAGGAGGAUCGAUGAACUGAUCUCUGAAUUUAAUUCCUCAAAGAUCACAACACACUCUGCCUUAUUAGACUUGGACAAACUCCCAGAGUUUAAUAGAAUCCACCUACAGCAGCGCAUUGAGGAUGAGGAUGAGUGCAAUUUGCUGAUUAAAGACCUGCAGGGACAAAUCCAGACCACUUACACAGAACAGAUGCAGGAUAAAGAAGUCCUGCAUGAGGAUUAUAUCAGACGGGUGCUGCAUCUUAGAAAGGGUCACAUAUCGUCUCUGAAGGAGCUCAUGAGCCCAGUUUACUCGUACCUGUGGGUGCGUCCGUCCUUCUCCAGCCAGCAGGUGGCAGCACUCACUGAAGAAGCCCAGCACAUUGCCUCUUUAGUGUUGAAAUUAAUAGAGGAGCAAGGUGAGGAGCUGGCCAUGGAGCGACUCAGUAAAGAUCUGAAGACUCUGGCAAAACAGACCAAAGCCACCAAAUACAAAGAUGUGAUGAAGCUGUUACGUCUGGCUCUCAGUGGGCUGCAGCAAGGUCCCAGCGUGGUGGAGAUGAUGGUGUCUUUAGGGCCAGCAGAGGUCAGCCAUCGUUUCCAGAGACUUCUACUGCUUCCACAGACUCACCCAGACUGUUCCAAAGCAUCAGACAGACCCGAGGAAAUGAGUUAAAAACAUAACCUCAUACUGGCUGAUCAGUGAACUGCACGCCCCAGAUGUACCAUGAAUGACAUCUAAAUAAUACUUGAAACAUGACAAAUACUUUAUUGAAGAUUAAAUAUUUUGUACGUGAUUGUUUACUGUAUAUUAGUCUUUAUUUUUUCACUGCUGUGACUCUGAUGAAGGCCCAUGUGACACCAUGCAGGCAGAGUGGGGAAGUACCUUUGCUAUUUUAAUGCAGAUGUUGUUUUUCUCCGCUUAAUUAGUUUUACCAGCUUCACUCACAGAUGUAGUUUAAGUCACAAGAUCAAAUUUUCCAGUCCAGAUAGAGUCAUAUAAAUCAUGCAUUUAUUCCCUUACGCUGUCACAUACUAACAGAGGAAACAUCAAUGACACAGAUGAACGUGUAUAUUGUAUUUUAUCAAACAUCAACUAACAUACCUGGUUAAGAUAAUAGAUUUACGUUCAUAUUUUUAUGUUCCUAAGAAAUUACUUUUUCUAAGAUUGUUGCCAGUGUUUUAAUAAAGACACAACAAUGCCCUCAUGGA